ACACCACACUGUUGUUGCUGCGCUUUGAUCUGGGUGCAUCUGACAUGCAGUACUUUCUUUCUUUCUUUCUUUCUUGUUAAGGGAGGCAUGAACUUGCAGAGAGAUAUGCUGCAUGAUUCACACCUAUGCUGAGUCAAAAGAGCUCCAGUGAUCUGCACAGGCAGAUUUCUGAUCGUGAGGUAAAGCAGUUGCUCUCAGGCCAGAUGCAUCCCAGACUUUAGAUGAGGCACAAGUCAACCAUUGUUUUGCUGAGCACACUGAGCACAUUUAAAAGAGAAGAGAAAAGAAGAGAGAAAGAGGGUGGCUUACCUAAUGGCAGAGAUCUGGAUGUCCCAGUGAGGUCAGGUCAGACGGGAGGUCAUGGGGUCGUUUACGCUGGGGAAAGCUGCUUCUUUGGAGCUACUGCUGGAAGCCUGCAUUCAUGCGUUUGAUGAUGAAGGAGAGCUGCAUGAAAAUCAGCUUCCCCGAACCCUUCUGCUGAUGCAUCGCUGGUAUGUGUCCUCCACUGAGCUCGCUGGGAAACUUCUGAUUAUGUACCGUGACUGUCGGGGAGAUGACUGCCAGCGGACACGACUGAAGAUCUGCUAUUUAAUGAGAAUGAGGAGUGAUGACGUCACAAGGACAGGCAUCACUCCUUCAGAUCGACAUUUGUCCACAUUCACAGAUUACCAAAGUUACGUGAUUCAUGGCUGUCUAGUAGAUAACCCCACAUUAGAGCGCUCCAUCGCUCUGUUUAACGGGAUCUCCCAGUGGGUUCAACUGAUGGUUCUCAGUAAACUUACCCCUCAGCACAGAGCAGAGGUCAUCAACAAAUACAUCCAUGUUGCACAGAAACUGCUCUACCUGCAGAACUUUAACACGCUGAUGGCUGUGGUCGGGGGUCUGAGUCACAGUUCUAUUUCCCGCUUGAAGGAAACUCAUUCACACCUCAGCCCAGAGGUCACCAAGAUCUGGAAUGAAAUGACAGAGUUGGUUUCGUCAAAAUGCAAUUACUGUGCUUACCGCAAAGCCUUCAGUGAAAGCGAAGGGUUUAAGAUCCCAAUCCUAGGUGUUCACCUGAAGGACCUGAUCGCCGUGCACGUGGUCUUCCCAGACUGGGUGGAGGAUGGGAAAGUGAACAUUGUGAAGAUGCAGCAGCUGUAUCUCACCUUUAAUGAGCUGGUGUCCCUGCAGAGCGCUGUGGCCCAGGUGGAGCCCAACAUGGACCUGAUCUACCUGCUCACUCUGUCCUUGGAUCUGUACUACACAGAGGAUGAAAUUUAUGAGCUGUCCCUUCUUAGAGAACCCCGUAAUCCCAAAUCUCAGCCCACCUCACCCACAACGCCCAACAAACCUCUGGCUCCGCUGGACUGGGCCUCUGGGGUCACCACUAAACCAGAUCCCUCGGUGGUCAACAAACACAUCAGGAAAGUCGUGGAUUCUGUCUUUCGUAACUACGACCAUGACCAUGACGGAUACAUAUCUCAGGAAGACUUUGAGAGUAUUGCUGCAAAUUUCCCUUUCCUCGAUUCCUUCUGCGUGCUUGAUAAAGACCAGGAUGGAUUGAUCAGUAAGGAUGAGAUGAUGGCAUAUUUCCUGCGUGCCAACCCGCUGCUGCAGUGUAAGAUGGGGCCUGGUUUUAUUCACAACUUCCAGGAGAUGACUUACCUGAAGCCAACAUUCUGUGAACACUGCGCUGGAUUUCUCUGGGGAAUUAUUAAACAAGGAUACAAGUGCAAAGACUGUGGUGUGAACUGCCAUAAACAGUGUCGUGAGCUGCUGGUUUUGGCGUGUCGGCGUCUCCCUCGGUCCACGUCGCUGGGCAAUGUGUCUCCAGGAGUGCUCACACACAGCUCUUUACCCAGCAGCCCCAGCCUGCCCACCUGUAAAGAUGACGAUGAGGUGUUUACGUUUCCCGCCGUGUCGUCGUCAUCAGGCUCUGACCUGGAGGGAAAGUCCAUCACCCUGAUGACUGGUUCAGCCCAGCGCAUCUCAGUGCGACUCCAGAGAGCCACCACCAGUCAGGCCACGCAGACAGAACCCCUGUGGCCCGAAAACGGCUGGGUGGCCGUCGCAGACAGCGGGUCACACACCUUCCCCAAAAUGAGAUACAAGCCUCACCGCAAAGCGUCCAAGAGCAAAGGCUUUGCUCGCUGGGAGAACGACACGCAGAGUUCGGCAGCGACGAGGAACAGCAGGAACUCACAGGAGCACAGCGAAGAGUCACAGCAGAACGGACUCGCAGACCAACAUAUGAACAAAACCAGAACCUCUGAGAUCAGCUGACUUGACUGCUCUGUGGGCCCAUGCAGGACACCCUGGAGCCUGUCAGGACCACGGCCCAGAGGGCUGUCCGCUCUAGGGGGCGUGCUGGGGUGCCUCAUGCCUCCAGUGGAUCAGGAAUAGGGCCACUAUUUCUACAGCCACAGUAAAAGAGGGGCAGCAGGCAACCCACUAACUGAACUGGGGGAAGGGUUGCAUCAAAGGAAAGGUCUGGGACUAAACAGGGAGUGACUGUGCUGUCCUGUCCUGGUUGGAAAUCUAACUGAGAAUCACUGGAAGCUGAUGUGACGGAUACAUCAGUGUGAUAAUAGAUGAGUGAGCAAGAGUAUUUAAGGUAUGCCAUUGACGUGUUUGAGACGCACGCUCUGAUUUUCGUUCUCCAAAAACACUACUCUGAAAGGACACAGUGGAUGUGAAGGUUAUAUUCAGGUUGUCUGAAGUCGAAAGUGGAACUGGGAAAGAUGAAGAUGAACGUAUGUAUGAUCGAACAUUAAAACACUAACUUCAUUUAUGUGUUACCCAGCAACACAUUAUGAUCUGAAGUGAAAGGUACGUCGAGUUUUAAAACCCUUUACCCCAAAUAUAAUUAUAAAAACCACUUGCACUGUUUUACAGAUGUUUCUCCAAUGGUUUGCACCAUAGUUGUGUCUCCUGUGCUUGAGAAAAUGCAGACAAGUAACCUCUGACCUUAUGCAUCAUUACAUCAGCACUGCUUAGCAACAUUGAUAGCUAUGUAAGGUUGAAAAUAUACAUGAAUUCAAAGACUUCAAUUCUGCCGACACGGGUGUGCCGUCAGCCAGGUGUUUAUAUGACCUCUGUUGCUAAGUGCCAGAUGAGUCCAGCUAUAGUCUGUUGCCAAGGCAACAUACUGUCCUUCAGCGCCAUAUGUUCUGAAAUAAGUUUGAUACCCAGACAUCUCGGCUCAGUUAGAACCCGACAGCCUCAGAUGGGACAAGCCUCAUACGAUCAUUUUUGCAGACAGUGUGUGUGAGAGAGACCUCGCAGGUGGAUCAACAGAUGAACUAAGACAAACAGUGAUUAUAGUGAGUCUUUGAGCCUAUAGGAUUAGAUGCUCUUCUGGCACCAAAAUUGCAGAUUUAAAGAAACAGUUCCCGAAAAAAAUUAACAUUCUGUCAUUAUUUACUCACCCUCACGGCUUUGUAACUAAAAUUAGUUUAUUUCUUGUAUUUAUUGUGGAAAACAAAAGGAUUUUUAUCAAAAAUCUGCCCUUUUUUGAUGCAAUGAAAGUUAAUGGUGACCAUGUCUGUCGGGCAAGAUUUUCACUGAAUGUCAGCAUAAAGGGAUUGUUCAACCUAAAAUGAAAAAUUCUGUCAUAAAUUACUUACCUUCAUGUU